GGUGGAAAAACACCGAGAACGACUGAGCUCCGAGAAACAGGGAGGAGCCACCGAGAGAGAAAUACCGCUGCUGCACUUCUCCAUCUGCCGGGGCUCCAGUCAGCUGCAGUGGGAUGUGUGGAGAGUUUAGUUCCUUAACGUUUCAGUUUUCUGGGCGGUUUGUCUGUUGAAGUAACUUUAUUUAUUGUUAGCUUUCUUGGCUAAUUGUUCCUGCUGCUUACAUGGCCAGCUAGCGCUACGACGCUAACCGUCGUUAGCUGCGGAGCCGGGUGAAGCGAAGAGCCGAGGGGGAGUGGAAUGGCAGGAAUUCACUCGGGUUCCCUUUCCAGAAGAGACCACAAGUGAACAAAGUAAAACAUUUACUCGACUCCCUGAAUCACCGGUUGUUGGUGUUACUGUAAUUCCCAUCAUGGUGCAGAAGUAUCAGUCACCUGUGCGGGUGUAUAAACAUCCCUUUGAGCUGGUGAUGACGGCGUACGAACGCCGCUUCCCCACCUGCCACCUCAUCCCCAUGUUUGUGAACAGUGACGUGGUAAAUGAGGAGACGAGCGAGGACGGCGCUACCCACAGGAUCAAGCGCCGCUGUGCCCUGGAUGUCGAUGCACCACGUCUUCUUAAAAGGAUUGCUGGUGUAGACUAUGUGUACUUCAUCCAGAAAAACACACUGAACAGAAAGGAGAGGACUCUGAUCAUUGAAUCUCACAAUGAGACGUUUUCCAACAGGGUCGUUGUCAGCGAGACCUGCUGCUAUUCAGUCCACCCAGAGAAUGAGGACUGGACAUGCUUUGAACAAACAGCCAGUUUGGACAUCAAGUCCUUCUUUGGCUUUGAGAGCACUGUGGAGAAGAUUGCCAUGAAGCAGUAUGCCAGUAGCAUCAACAAGGGAAAAGAAAUCAUUGAGUUCUACCUGAGGGAGCUUGAGAAUGAGGGCGUCACCCAUGUUCCCCGCUGGACUUGCUCCUCCAUUUGUCCCGCUCUCCCUGCACCAAACAGUCUCUCCACCAGCCCGCCCGAACUUCAGCUCACCAGCACGCCGGCUGUUCCUGCCUCGCACGCUGCUGACACCAAAGAUGCCGCCUCACAGGAUGCAAAGCAGGAUAGUGGUGCCCUUCAGGGCGACAGCCUAGCAGAGAUCCAGCCUGGUACACCUGAAGACAAACUGGAUGCAGACUAUAUCAAACGUUACCUGGGCGACCUGACGCCUCUGCAGGAGAGCUGUCUCAUCAGACUUCGCAAAUGGCUUCAGGAAACGCACAAGGGAAAGAUCCCUAAAGAUGAGCACAUCCUGCGCUUCCUGCGGGCCAGAGACUUCAACAUGGAUAAGGCACGGGAGAUACUGUGCCAGUCUCUGACGUGGAGAAAGCAGCACCAGGUGGACUACCUGCUGGAGACCUGGAACCCUCCGCAGGUUCUUCAGGACUACUACACCGGCGGCUGGCACCACCACGACAGAGAUGGUCGUCCUCUGUACAUCCUGAGGCUGGGCCACAUGGACACCAAAGGUCUGGUGCGCGCUCUUGGAGAGGAGUCUCUGCUCAGACAUGUGCUGUCUAUCAACGAGGAGGGCCUGAGGCGCUGUGAGGAGAACACCAAGCUGUUUGGUCAGCCUAUCAGCUGUUGGACUUGUCUCGUCGAUCUGGAGGGGUUGAACAUGCGUCACUUGUGGCGGCCAGGGGUCAAGGCGCUGCUGAGGAUCAUCGAAGUUGUGGAGGCGCACUACCCAGAGACUCUGGGACGGCUCCUUAUCUUGAGAGCACCAAGAGUCUUCCCAGUCCUUUGGACACUGGUGAGCCCAUUUAUUGAUGAAAACACCCGAAAGAAGUUCCUGAUCUAUGCAGGAAAUGACUACCAGGGUCCUGGAGGGCUUGUUGAUUAUAUCGACAAGGAAAUCAUCCCUGACUUUUUAGGAGGAGAGUGUAUGUGCGAGGUACCAGAGGGCGGCCUGGUUCCAAAGUCCAUGUACCGCACACCCGAGGAGCUCGAGAACGAGGAUAUCCGUCUCUGGACCGAGACAAUCUAUCAGAGUGCCAGCAUCUUUAAGGGAGCUCCGCAUGAGCUUUUGAUCGAGAUCAUCGACGCCGCCUCAGUUAUCACCUGGGACUUUGACGUGUGCAAAGGCGACAUCGUUUUCAACAUCUACCACUCGAAGCGAGCCCCCCAGCCACCACGCAAAGACCCCCUGGGAGCCCACGGCAUCACCUCCCCAGGAGUCAACAACGUCCAGCUUAUUGACAAGUCCUGGACUCUGGGGCAAGAUUACAGCAUGGUGGAGUCCCCUCUGACCUGCAAGGAGGGUGAAAGUGUGCAGGGCUCCCAUAUAACCCGUUGGCCAGGUUUCUACAUCCUCCAGUGGAAGUUUCACAACAUGCCGGCAUGCUCAGCCACCAAUUUGCCCCGGGUGGACGACGUCCUGGCCACCCUGCAGGUGUCCUCGCACAAGUGUAAAGUCAUGUACUACACUGAGGUGUUGGGCUCUGAGGACUUCAGAACGGCUUGCUGUGAUGUGCAGAGUUUGGGUUCGAUGACCAGCCUGGAAUCAAGCCACAGUGGUUUUUCUCAGCUCAGCGCUGCUACCACCUCCUCUAACCACUCCCAGUCCAGCUCCAUGAUCUCCAGGUAGAACCUGGCAGCACCGGACUUCAGACCCUGAUUCCCUCACUCCACAGCCUUUAUCAUCAUCGUGGAAAUCUUCUUCCCCACGUCCCCUCUCAUUGAACUUUAUCGCACAAAUAAAAGAUAAAUAGUUCUGAAACUUAGGCAAAAAAGAAAGAUUUAAAGGGCUGAUUUUUGCACAAAGGUCAUAUUUUUAUGUCGGACCAUUCACAGGAGGCUCGCUUGCCAGGGUGGAAAUGUUAAAGGUCAGUGGGUGGAGCUCUGUGGAGGCGCAAAGAAGCAAUAUUUAUUUUCAUGUUGUGGGUCCGGAGAGACACACUGGAGGGCGCUGUUACAUUUAUGCAUUCACGUCAGCAGCCACUUACACAGUACUGAGACGACUCAUACCUCACUCAUGCUGUUACAUAAAAACACACAGAUGUUUAUGACGUGCACAAAUGAAACAUUUGCCACAUUGUUACUGAAAAAAGGGGGUUUGUGUUAGUAGUUUAUUGGUCAGAUGUAGGUGAGUUAAACAUCCUAACCGACCUGGCUCCAACAUCCAUUGCUUAUAAUUUAAACUUGCUGCAUCACAACAGUUCUGUUGUCAAAUUUCUGAAUUUAAAAGGGAACCUUUCCCACCUUGAUGAGCAGAUGAAUAUUAGACCCAGGUCUGGGAUCUUGGUGAGGUAAUCUGCCAGCAGCAAUAAUGCAGGAUGGACUUUCUACUGUGUGAAAUAUUAAUAUUUAUUAUUUAGAUGCAUGUGGGGUAGUGCACAGGCAGACAAAAAGAAAACUGCCACAACACUUUAACAUUUUGUCAGGAGAGAAGGAAAAACAACUGGCAGUAUUUGUGGUGCCGCUCAGCUUGCUUUCUGUCUGCACAAACGUGGGACUCCGAUCAAGGAUAGACACCUCUUCUGUGAUUGGUGAAUGUGCUGCUGUCCACUAAACCAAUGAUAAGCCUGAGUGGUGAAGUUACUGGUUGGCGCUGAUGGUCGUUCUCAUCUUCAGUGAUUCAUUGAGAUUUUCCAGCGCAGAUAUAGGAUGAUGAUGUUAAAUGUGUACUGUAUGUGUGUGUGCUGGUUUGACAGCUGUGGAAACGAGAGCAUGAUGGGUGAAGGGGUGCGUUUCUGCAUGCACACAGGAGUUUACUGAUUUAUUAUUUAAGAAUUAAGAGAGCCAUUUUGAAGAGCCAUGUGUCGAUAAAUACCAUUUUAGCCUUUGUAAAAAUCACUUAGAAAUGUGUCUGCUAUUUUCGAGGUGACCACUGUAACAUUUCAAAAUGCAACACUUUCAUGCAACAGUUUUUAAUACAGUUUACUUUAUAAUAUAUUCAAAAAUGUUCUUUGGUGGAAGUUAGCCUCCUGAAAAUAGCUUUUUGAUAACCAGAACUGCUCAUUUGUAACUAACAAAGGUCAGGGGUUGUCUAAAUGUCAUUAACCUGCAAUAAGAUGAGGAAAAGGACCUCCUCUGAAUGAGAAGUAGAAGUGUGUGUGAGAUGGUGUAAAAAUAAUGAAUGUUUGCUGCAGAUAUAUAAUAAAAUGUGUUUUUUGACCCUGUAA